AUGAAGCCUUCCGUCGCGACUUUGCUUGCCACUGUCUCUCUGGUCUAUGCUCAGACUGCUACUGAGAAGGAGCCUUCGCUGUCUGCGAUAGAAUCUGCAGCAGCCUCCAUCCAGCCUUACUCUCCCGUUUCGAACGUUGAGGGUGUUGCAUUUAAUCGCUUCUUCCAAGUGUGGCUUGAGAAUAUUAAGGAUUACGAGGAUGCUGCGGCGGAUGAGAACAUGAAAUGGCUGGCCUCGCAAGGGAUCCUGCUCACCAAUUUCUAUGCAGUCACGCAUCCUUCAGAGCCAAACUACUGCGCUGCUGUUGGAGGCGACACAUUUGGCAUGGACAAUGACAACUUUAACCAGAUUCCUGCCAAUGUUUCUACUGUCGCUGAUCUCCUGGACACCAAAAACAUUGCUUGGGGAGAGUAUCAGGAGCACUUACCUUAUCCCGGAUUCCAAGGUUUCAACUAUUCCAACCAGGAGACUUAUGUCAAUGACUAUGUGCGCAAGCAUAACCCACUGGUCUUGUAUGACUCUGUCACCAAGAACAGCACUCGUUUGCGCCAGAUCAAGAACUUUACCAGCUUCGAGGACGACCUGGCCAACAAGAAACUUCCUCAAUGGGCAUUUAUCACUCCAAACAUGACCAACGACGCUCAUGACACCAACAUUACUUUCGGAGCCAAAUGGGAGCGAAGCUGGAUUGCGCCCUUGCUCAACAACUCAUACUUCAUGAAUGAUACCCUAAUCCUACUUACCUUUGAUGAGGAUGGCACUUAUUCCAAGAGCAACAAGAUCUUCAGUGUUCUUCUCGGUGGUGCCAUUCCCGAUGAGCUGAAGGGUACUCAGGACGAUACGUUCUAUACCCACUACUCAGUGAUUGCGUCCGUGUCCGCGAACUGGGGCCUUCCUUCGUUGGGAAGGUGGGAUUGUGGUGCGAACAUUCUUGAGAUUGUGGCAAACAAGACGGGAUAUGUCAACUACGACGUUGACACAACCAAUCUCCGCCUCAACGAGACCUACCCCGGUCCCAUGUCAGCGGGCGAAUACUCGAAAUACUCCCCUGUCUGGCCGAAUGCCUUGACCCGUGGUGACUGCUCUGCUGGCCAUGGCAUUUUGGACAUUGUCAAGGAGACCUACGCCAACACGGAGCCAACAUACAACUAUUCGAGCCCCUUCCCAUAUGACACUGCGAGCAACUACAACACCAAGGUGACUGCCACCAAAAAGAAUGUCACCGGUACACAUAGAAGUUCUUCUUCCUCCUCUCCGUCAGCUAGCUCCAACGCCGCUGUUUCUGCUGUCGCUCCUGCAGCCGGUGUCUCUGGUCUCCUCUUGGGACUCGCUCUAAACCUGCUUUAA